AUGCUUGACCGCAUGGCGGCUAGUUCUAUUUACGCCACUGUUGCAGCAGACGUGCCGUUGGUGACGGUACAUCCCACCCCCAAGCCCCCUGCAGAUAUUCUAGACGUCCAGGCACAACCAUCUGAAUGUGAGAUUCACCAGGGCUUUGGCACAUCCGCCUUCAGCAACCACCAAGAUGUUAACAAUGAAGAUGGCCUGGAAGAGGCGGUUGUCGACUACCUCACCGUUCAUUUUAAGGAAUACCCAAAUGUGCGUGCAGUUUUGGACUGCCCGGAAAUCCCGCUGCAAAGACAAAAGAAUCUGGAGUCACAGCUACUCACGUACAGCUGGUACAAGGGUACCUAUACAGCCAAGGUUUUAGUCUGUGAAACACCUGGAGGCCAUAUUAGCUUUCUGAGCAAGGCAUAUGGUGGAAGGGCGUCGGAUUCCUUUAUUACAAAGGAAAGUAAAAUUCUUGAGAAGUUUUUGCCUUCUAUAGAUAGUGUAAUGGUUGACAAGGGCUUUCUGAUCGAUGAACUCAGCCUUCAGCACCAUGUAACCAUGGUUAGCCCUCCAUUUUUACGCAAAAAGAAACAGCUUACACAACGUGAAGCUCAACAAAACCAGAGCAUUGCAGCUGCCCGCGUUCAUGGGGAGCGCGCCAUUCAGCGUAUGAAAGUGUUCAAAGUUCUGUCGAGAAGCCUUGGCACUGAGCUUUUCCCGUACAUUUAUGAUAUUUUAACCGUCAUUGCAGGAAUUGUCAAUUUGUCGAAACCGAUUUUCAGUGCUGAGAAGUUCUUGUAUGAGUGAAAUAGCUUUGUGACAUGCCUAAAAGGGGCAUUGCAUCCCCAUAAGUGUCAGGGUGCUACCAGUUCACUUGAAAGGCCAGUAAUGCAGCAACAUGUUAUGCAUGCACCGAGAACAGUUUCAGUGUGUUUUGCAUUGCUUCUCA